CUGACCAAAGAAACAAGCCGAAACCCUGAAGCAUCCAAAACCUACAAGAAUCCUCUUUACGACUGUUCGUUCUUUUUUUUUUUUUUUUUUCUUGUCUUUCAAUCUACUUAUCUAAGAAAUGGCUUCCGACCCAGAUGCGAAGCAAGAAGCGGAACGUCUGAAAGCAGUAGCAGAAACCAAAUACAACAAUUCAAACCUGAAAUCAGCAUUGAAACAUGCCAAGAAAGCCCACCGUCUUUGUCCAAAUCUCGAAGGCAUCUCCUCAAUGCUCACUGCCUUUCAAAUACUUCGGGUGGCUUCCAAAGGCAACGCUGCUCCAGACUGGUACAAAAUUCUCCAGGUAGAACCUUUUUCCCACAUAAACUCAAUCAAGAAACAGUAUAGAAAACUAGCAUUGAUUUUGCACCCCGAUAAGAACCCAUAUUUAGGAUGUGAAGAAGCGUUUAAACUUGUGGGUGAAGGGUUUAGGAUAUUUUCUGAUAAGAUAAGGAGGCAAGAAUAUGAUAUGAAGCUUAGGAUUAGGAUUCAGGAGGAAAGGGUUGAUGGGUUGGAAGGGAAUGACUUAGUAGGUGAGACGUUUUGGACUGCCUGUUCGCGGUGUAGGUUGUUGCAUAAGUUUGAAAGGAAGUAUUUGGGGCACAAUUUGGUCUGCCCUAGUUGCAAGAAGAGCUUUUUGGCUGUGGAGGUUGAUGGAGAAGGUGGUGAGGCUGAAAGUACGGAGGAAGAGGAGGUGGUGGCUGCGGUUAGAGUGAGUGAGAGGAUGAAGAGAAAGAUGGGUUCGAAGGAGAACACGGAUAGCCCUAAAGGUGUACGAUUGGACGGGGAAAAAGGUAGUGGUGAGAAAAUUAGGAGCGUGGGCUUAAGGAGGAAAGGUAGUGGUGAGAAUUUGAAGGAGAAAGAGAGUGGUGGUGAUGGUGAUGUGGAGAAGGAAGCAGGUAGUGGUGAGUGGGGUGUUGGGAGAUUGAGGAGCGGGGGUUUGAGGAAGAGGAUGAGUACUGUUGGGGAGGUAUUGGCAAGGUCAGUGGCUGCAAAGGUUGGAGAUGAUGAGAUGAAGGAGAGAUCAAAGUCAAAGUUGGCAAAAGUUGCAGAGGAGACAAUGACACUUGCAGAAAUGCAGUUGGAAAUGAAGCGAAAGGUGAAUCAAGGAAAGGAAAAAUUGAAUGUAAAAGUGAAGGAGACAGAUGUGGGAGAAAAGGAGAAGGAAAAAGAUAGACAUGAGCUUAAAGAAAAUAGAGUUUCAAAGAAUGAGAAACAGAAGGCAUUGGAGAAGACUAGGGAUUUUGAGAUUGAGAGUGAAGGACCUUCAAAGACAAGUGGAAAUUUGGGGAUUAUGACACGUGCAAUUAAGAAAAAGAGUGUAGAUUUGGAAUCCAAGACUCAAGAGGGUGGGAAGAAGAAACAAAAUGCAGAGCUCACAAAGCAAAUGACUUCUAGGAAGAGAGCAAGUCAGGACAUUGGGAAGCGCCGUGGUUUAAAGAGUGGGGACAUGGAAACUAUGGCUGUGGAGGAUUCUGAUUUCUAUGAUUUUGAUAAAGAUAGAUCGGAAAGGAAUUUUAAGAAAGGGCAAGUGUGGGCUAUAUAUGAUGAUGAUGAUGGAAUGCCUAGGCAUUAUGGUUUGAUUGAGGAAGUAUUUUCAGUACAUCCUUUUGAAGUGAAGAUGAGUUGGUUGGACUUUCAGAAUAAUGGGGAUGACAGGUUGCUUAGUUGGGAGAAAGUGGGAUUUUAUGUAUCUUGUGGGAGAUUUAAAGUUGCUAGGAAGAGUUCCAUUAACUCUGUGAAUAUCUUUUCACACAUGGUGGAAUGUGAAAGGGCAGCAAAGGAAUUUUAUAGGAUUUAUCCAAAGAAGGGUUCAGUUUGGGCUCUUUAUAAUGAAGCUAAAUUAGGUGCAGCAGGAAGAAGCCUUUCAGCUAGAGAUAAACACUGCUAUAAUAUAGUUGUGGUUUUAACUACCUACAGUGAUAUUCAUGGAUUGAGCAUGGCAUAUCUUGAGAAGGUUGAUGGAUUCAGGGCAAUAUUUAAGAGACAGGAGAUUGGAUGUCAGGCUAUUAUAUGGCUUGAGAAAAAUGAUAUUCGGAUGUUUUCACAUCAGAUUCCUGCACGGAAGCUUUCUGGCGAUGAUGUCCCUGAUCUUUUGAAAGACUGUUGGGAACUUGAUCCUGCUUCACUUCCUCCUGACCUUCUUGCUAUUGGCAGGGAAAGAUGACAUGUUUUUCAGAAAGCUAAUUUGCUUGCUGUAUAGCUUUUGCUUGAUUGUUUGGGAGGACCCCUUUUGAUGUAAGUUAAGUACCUUGCAGAGGCAGAUAAUGAAUAUUUUUAGUUGCUUUAUAAUUUCUACGAGCACAUAAUAUUCAAUGAGUUGAUGCAAAUAUUUCUCACCUCUUGUUUUUUUGAUGGGCAGAUUGUGAGUAGCCAUCCUGGUUUUUACAAACUAGUUAGUUUUCUCUUACCAACUGUUUCAUGUUUUUUGAUAACUGUUUGAUGUGGGUAGAAUAUUUUGCUUCCUGCACUCAUAAAGAAAAUUUAUGCAUUAUGUAAAUGAUAUUCUUUUAGGUGUAGAGUGUACUUGAUUUUUGCUUCCUGCCUAUUAAACUACUUGAUAGGUGUUACUUGGAAGUGAUAACCAACAAGAUAGUGCCUGGUCCAUUUCCUACGAAUGGAUUCCAAAGUUUCCUGCAUACCAGCUCUGGUGACUUGCAUUUUCAAUACUUUUACAAUGUGGCAACUUUCUCGACUUUUUAACUGGUUUAGUAUUGUAGCUUUGCUUCAAUGAUGAACAUAAUUUGUACUUGACAAAUCUUAUUUUCAUGAUAGGCAAUUAUAAGUACUUUUCAUGAUUGGACUUCAUGUUUCAAUGAUCUGUAAAUUGAUUACAAUCUCAAAGGCAACCAUAGAAAUCUUACAGGCUAUGGUCUCAUGGGGCAA